GCAGAGAGGAGGCUCAGAGGAAAGAUUUGCCCUGGAGCAGAUAAGUUGGACCAGGGCCCAGGAACUCCAUGCUCCUACUGGAUUUCCCACGAGGAAAGGGAGAAUGACGAUCAAAAAGUCAUGGAAAGUUAUUUUCCUGCGACUGUGGAGUAUGCCUUACACAUAUUCAAUCUGAAGAGCAAGGACAUGAAUGCCUACAGGCUGGUUCGGAUCCGGAAUUCCAGGAGGGAGCAGGCAGAGACCAUGUUGGCAUUCUCCAUGGAGCUGGAGCUUCGCAGAACUAAGUGUGGGAAAUUUGAUGAAGACAUUGACAACUGCUCCUUUCAGGAAAAUGCAGAGCUGAACAAUACCUUCACCUGCUUCUUCACCGUCAGCACUGAGCCCUGGAGAACAGUGUUCCAACUCCUGAACAAGACCUGCCUAGAGGGGUUCUACUGAGUGUGAUCACACCCCAGCCCAGCCUUUCUGUCCCCCUUGGACACCAGCAACUCCCUUUAGGUGGCCCUUCAAUGGUUAAGCAGCUCUGAUCUCAGUUCUCUGCUUUGCAAAUAUCUGGAG